GGAAAUGUACACGAGGUCACUUUUCUAGGAAAUGCAUGUGCCUUUCUCCUUCAUGGCGUUGUACAAAACGGGACGCAAUCCAAUGAUUACUACAAGUUCAUCACUUUCGAGUUCGAGUUCGAGUUCGUAGAUACUGCUGUCUGAUUCCUUUGUCUGCUACUUUCUUGCGGCGACCCAACACUCCCCUAGAUUCCGACACUUUCCCCUGUUUCUUGAUAAGCUCCCACAGAAGAGCAGGGGAAGAUCGCGUCCAUGGCGAAGAGAGCUUCGACCUCCUCUUCUUCGGGUCAACCAAGUCAACCCAAGAGGCGAUACCUCGCUCCAACGGGUCAAGUACGGAAUGGGCCCGAGAGGAAUCUUGUGCCGGGGAGCUGUUCGACGGAGGAGGAUGGCCAGAGAGUGUGCGGAAAGGAGCCAGAACGCGCGAAAUCUCACUCGGCCGAAUAUUGUCAAAGUUGCACUGGGAAUGCUCUCAAAGAUAUAGUGCGACAGAUGCAUUCAAUGGAGAAUUCUAUUCCAAAACUGGUCAGAGAAGAGCUGGAGCGUUAUAAACCUGAGUGGGCUGAAUUAGUUCAAAGUUGCUUCCGGAAUGCUCUCAAAGAUAUAGUGCCACAGAUAUGCUCAGAGAAUGAUUUUCAUAGAUUGAAGGAAGCAGUGGAGCCUGCAAACAGUGACUCUCCCCACCUUGGAAGGGUUAAUGCUAAAUCUACGGCAAACAAUGGCGAGAGAAACUUACUGCUUCAACUUCAAACGAAACUGUCACUUCCUCUAUUUACUGGAAAGAAAAUAGAAGGAGAGGAGGGUGCUCGCAUUUAUGUUGCCUUGAUCGAUGCGAACACAGGGGAUGCCGUUACAUCAGGCCCGGAAUCCUCCAUUAAGUUGGACGUUGUCGUGCUUGAAGGCGACUUCAACAAGGACAAUCAAGAUAACUGGGCUCAAGAAGAGUUCGAGAAGUACGUGGCUAAAGAACGUGCAGGAAAGGGGCCGCUUUUGACAGGAGAUCUCCUUGUGACGCUCAAGGGAGGUGUUGGGGGGCUGGGUGAUCUGAUAUUUACCGACAAUUCCAGCUGGAAUAGGAGUCAAAGAUUCAGGAUAGGGCUUAAGGUGGCAUCGGGUUAUUGUGGGAAUACACGAAUCCAAGAAGCAGUAACAGAUGCCUUCCGAGUCAGGGAACAUAGAGGAGAAUUGUACAAGAAACAUUAUCCACCAGCAUCUGACGAUGAGGUCUGGAGGUUGGAGAAGAUUGCCAAAGAUGGGAAGUCUCUCCAUAAACUGAGUGAUGCCGGAAUACAAAAAGUGGAGGACUUUCUACUACAACUGUUUACGGACUCCAAGAAACUGAAAGAGAUUCUUGGAAAGAGUAUAACAUCAAAGAGCUGGGACAUCCUCGUAAAUCAUGCAAUGACUUGCAAAACAAAUUGGAAACUUUAUUUGUACUAUCUUGAUGGCACGAGGAAGCAUGGUGCUGUAUUCAACACUGAUAGUCAACUGAUCGGCCUAAUCAAAGACAGAGUAUGUUUUGCUACUCAUCGACUUUCUGCUCAAGAGAAGGAACAUGGAGAUACAAUCGUGAAAAAGGCCUUGGAUAACUGGAAUGAUGUUAGGGAGUUCAAUGGUGAGACCUUUUCCGGUUCAAUGCAGAAAAAAAGCUCAAGCUCUUUUCCAUCUCAAGUCUUUGAAGAACAAGUUGUAAAUCUCAACCCUGUUCAACGUAAUUUGGCUCCACCAUUCUUUGUCACUCCGGUUGGUUUGGAAGCUCCUCUGGCAAGUGCGAUCUCCAAUGCUGAAGUUCUUUCUCCAGGACAUAAUGGUGCAACUGCUUUGGCAUUGCCAAUAGAGUUGCCAAAUACCAAUUCUGGAAAUGCCAUGAAGCUUUCGGUUGAUGAAAGUGUUCGUCUCGCUGCGCUGCAGCCCAUAUCUACAGACCACUUGAAUGUUCUAAUUCCUCAGGGAGACAAUGGUAUCCCUACAGUCGGAUUGCCAAUGCAGUCCCACGGUAACAAUUUCCAAUAUGCCAUGCAGAGCCAUACGAUCCAUUCUUCGAGCCAAAUGGGCUACACAGUGAAUGAGAAUGCUCCCCCCUCUGGACCACCCUCUGCCGCGAUAUCAAGAUUCCAAUCUAGUGCUACACUUCCUCCUCCUGAAGGAAAUCAUAUGAUGGAAGAUUUGCAACCAUUUGUCUCAGAUGAUAUGGAUUAUUGGUUGGCUUUGUUAAGUCAGAGCCCACCACAUGAUGGCGGAUCUGUUAGAGGUACCAGCAAAGGUGUUCAUGGCUGGAUCAAGUUAAAGGCAGUGAUGAAGUGGGGUAUCUUCGUCAGGAAGAUCGCCACGACAAGACGUGUCGGAAUUGUGCAGUUAGAUGAACCGCCGAUUGAAGUCCAGGCUUGAUUUGAUUCAUUCUUAAUGUUGCAUUAGGUAAGAUGAUUCUCCGUUUACUGUCUGAUAGAAUCGGUGGGAUUCUUUUCUUAGAUGAGAGCAUAUUAGUUACUUAAUGUUUUUGAAUGCCAUCUCUAGAGAAUACUUAUUUCAUCAGAGAGUCUCUUUACUUCAGUUCUUUCAACAUGUUUCUUCAAAACUUCUUUGAUUUUUCACAUGUAAGGAAUGCAAGGUAUAUCAUUCAAAGAGAGUACUUGCAUUCUGUGCUUAUCAUUCAUUGAAAUUGACCCCACGUCCAU